CAGCCCGUUCCAGAGCACGGUGCCACCGCCGUGGCCUUGCCCCGCACCGGCUCCCCUCUUACUCGCUUCCCUCACCCAGGGGGAAAGGUCAACAGCGUCCUGGAGCCUCCGUGUCACUCCCCGACAGCCAUGAACUGCAGCGAGAGCCAGUGGCUGCGCACCCUUCUGAGCCGCCUGCUGCUCGAGCUGCACCACGGGGGCAAUGCCAGCAGCUUGGGUGCAGGCCCGGGCCCCAGCAUGGGCAUGGGGGUCGUGCCUGACCCCUUCGUGGGUCGCGAGGUGACCAGCGCCAAGGGCGACGACGCCUAUCUCUACAUCCUACUCAUCAUGAUCUUUUACGCCUGCCUGGCCGGGGGCCUCAUCCUGGCCUACACCCGCUCCCGCAAACUCGUCGAGGCUAAGGACGAGCCGGCGCAGGCCUGCUCCGAGCACCAGUGGAUCCCGGGAGGUGUCUCGGCUGUCGCGGAUGCUGAGACCGCCGUUGGCUCCCCGGCCGACGGCCGCCGCCAGUUCGCUCCCGGGGGGCUGCCCGCCCUCCCCCAGGGCACCGAGGGGGUCUAG